UUAUGGAAAGUUUCUACAUAUUGGUGAAUUUGUGCAAUUGGCUUUGUAAACAAAACUGUUCGUCUCCAUUAGUGGAAAAUUAUAUUUUUUUGUUCCAGGUGGUGGAGCUCCCUCGGCUACCCGUAUUUUUGGCAGAUGCCAUCAAAGAAAAGGCUAAUUUAUCACAGCUUGAGAAUGAAGAAAUUUUAAAAAUGUUUUUUGUAAGUAUGAGUCCUUCUGAGAGGUGUCCAUACUAUCUUCAUCACUUUGAGAAGACGAACACCAUUGAAUUGGAGUGGUUCAAUUACUACAAAGAGAAGCCCGAAGAGUUUGAAGAUCAGUGUAAUGUGUAUAAAUUGAAUACAUUUAGAGAUUUUAAAUUCAAUUGUUAGAAGAAAAAAUGUGUAAUAAAUUUUUUAUGGUUAAAAAGUUAUAAUAAUUAUUAAUAGUAAUUAUAAUAAUGCCGGUCCUGUGGCACAGACGGUUAGAGCAGCCAUCGUCUGCGCCAAGGAUGGUGCAGUUUGAAAUCCUGCUUAAACAUAUUUGUGAUUGUACAUUCAGCCCCCAUCAUAUCCUAUCACCUCAUAAUUCAAGGGGUAACAAGCUUGUACCAUGUUAAAGAGUUCAUCUGGUGAAUACCUAAAUAGGAU